AUUUAGAUAAAAAAUGUUAGAAAACCAAAAUUAAAUCACCAGCCGAUUUUGGCAAAAAAUGGUUACCAAACAUCCACAGUAAGAAUUUGUGAAUGGAAAUUUUAAUGGGAGGACAGGGAGAAUAAUAGGCAACUAGCUGGAUUAACCUUUAGACCUGGAGGCCACUACAUGUGGAGUAAUCUGCGUAUUCAAAAAGUUGAACCCAUGUAACUGCUACUCCUUGCCUGCAAGCAGUAUUAGUAUUAGUAUCACUUAUACCCACUAGUGACUCCUCAAUAUAUCUCUGCUUGUUGAGCAUCAGCCAUUUAUUUUUGCUCAAUCCACUUGGGUGGUGUCAUAAAAAGAGAGUCGUCAUAUAGAACUCUUUACUUGAAGGACAAAAAUGGCAUUAGCAUAGCAGAGCUCUUAGUAGCAGCACAGAUCUGGGCUGCGUCUAAUCAGAUCUGGGUUGGGUUUAACAAGGUUCAAGAUGAGGGGUAGGAGCGAAGCCAACCAGAGGAAGAGAAUACUAACCCCUGUAUUGAUUUGUGUUCUUUUUGCCGGCCUGCUGUUUGUUUACUACGGGUCUUUCUUUAAGCCCAGAUUGCAGAAGGGGGGAGUCGGUGGGGCUGAUGAUGCUGAUGCUGCAGUAAGUGGGAAGUUUUCCAGAAAGCUGGGAUCUAAUGGGGAGGCGGAUGAGAACCAGUCUAAUCAGAUCAAGAAUUUUAACAUAUUGAAUGAUGAAGAUGAGAAGAGUGAAGUGGCUGGGAUCGGUGGUAUAGACUUAAGAAAUGAUACAAUCCCUAAAUCCUUUCCCGUAUGUGAUGGUAGGCUUUCUGAGCUAAUUCCAUGCUUGGAUCGACACCUUAUCUACCAACUCAAGAUGAAGUUAGAUUUGGGACUCAUGGAACAUUAUGAAAGACAUUGCCCAACUCCAGAGCGACGCUACAACUGCUUGAUCCCUCCUCCCCCAGGCUACAAGGUGCCGAUCCCAUGGCCUGCAAGCAGAGAUGAAGUAUGGAAGGUAAACAUACCCCAUACACAUCUUGCUUCUGAGAAAUCAGAUCAGAACUGGAUGGUGGUCAAUGGAGACAAGAUCAAUUUUCCCGGUGGAGGUACUCAUUUCCAUGAUGGAGCUGACAAGUACAUUGCUGCCUUGGCAAGAAUGCUGAAGUUUCCUCAAGAAAAUCUCAGCAAUACUGGAAAACUCAGGACAGUUCUAGAUGUGGGUUGUGGAGUUGCUAGCUUUGGUGCGUACCUCCUUCCUAUUGACAUUAUGGCAAUGUCACUUGCCCCUAAUGAUGUUCACCAGAAUCAGAUCCAGUUUGCUCUGGAAAGAGGAAUUCCCUCAACUCUGGGUGUGUUGGGAACCAUGAGAUUGCCAUAUCCAAGCAGAUCAUUUGAAUUGGCUCACUGUUCUAGAUGUAGGAUUGAUUGGCUUCAGAGGGAUGGCAUAUUGCUGCUAGAGUUGGACAGGUUACUUAGGCCGGGGGGCUAUUUUGCCUACUCUUCGCCUGAAGCAUAUAUGCAAGAUGCAGAAGAUCUUCAGAUAUGGCAUGCAAUGAGUGACCUUGUCAAACGUAUGUGCUGGAAAAUUGCAGCAAAGAAAGACCAGACUGUUAUUUGGCAAAAACCAUUCACAAAUAGUUGCUACCUGAAGAGAACUCCAGAUACCAAGCCACCCCUCUGUAGUCCAGACGAUGAUCCAGACGCAGUUUGGCAGGUCCGAAUGAAGGCCUGCAUCACACCAUACUCAGAUCAGAUGCAUCAUGCUAAAGGGAGUGGACUAUUACCUUGGCCAAAACGAUUAACUGCUAAUCCUCCCAGGCUGGAAGACCUUGGUAUAAGUGAGGGAGACUUCAAAAAGGAUACGGUUGUGUGGAAACAAAGGGUAAAUUACUAUUGGGAACAGAUGAAGUCAGAGAUUAAAAACAAUACAUUUAGGAAUAUUAUGGACAUGAAAGCAAAUCUGGGUGGAUUUGCUGCUGCACUUAACAACAAAGAUGUUUGGGUAAUGAAUGUUGUUCCAGAGAAUGCUCCAAUGACAUUGAAGGUGAUCUAUGAUAGAGGCCUGUUAGGCACUGUACACAAUUGGUGUGAAGCGUUUUCAACCUAUCCACGUACUUAUGAUCUCCUUCAUGCCUGGACUGUCUUCUCCGACAUCAGUGAGAAAGACUGUAGCAUAGAAGAUUUACUCAUAGAAAUGGAUCGGAUUGUUCGUCCAAAUCGCUUUGUGAUUAUCAGAGACAAGCCUUCAAUAAUAAAUUACAUCAAGAACUAUUUGCCAGCCUUGCGGUGGGAUUCCUGGACAUUGUUGGCUGAGCCUGGGCCUGAUCCUCUUUCUUCUGAUAGUGAGACCAUAUUGUUUGCACAGAAGCAGCUGUGGGUGCCAGACGAAAGCCAGUAGCAGUGACAUUUUGUACACUACUUUUCCAAGCAAAUUUGUUUAGCUUUUGCAGGGUGGCCAAAUAUGUAGGAUAAUAGGCUGCUUUGCUAAGAGGAAAAAUGACACUAGCUUGCAAAAACAAGACCUAUCUAGCUUCAACAGCAAGAAUCAGUCCUCUGAUUUUUCUGCAAGGAAAGGAGGUACUUUAUUCAUGUUUUAGUUUGUUCUAUCUCACAAGGUUCAGGGAGAGAGCUACAUUAAUUUGAAAAUUCAUACGAACAUCCAUUGGAUAUCCAAUGGUAAUUAUUUUUGCUGGGUGUAUGAUUUUUCUAGUGCAGACAAUUCUUUAAAUCGAAUUUUUUUCUGUUCUUAAUGCA